UUGUCCAUUAAAUCAUCCGAGAAAAUCGCAAUUGCAGUGGUUCUUCUCCAAAGGCCAAACCUGAUUCUAUCUUCGUCCUCCAGCCGGCAGCAAGAUUUACAAAAACAAGUGCACCAUUCUUCUGUCUCUACAAAUUUAUUAUUGUUAUUCAUAUUUUUUUAUUUUUAUUUUUUGCAGUAGAAGCCAUCUUACCUGUGCCCAUAAACAGUUUAUGUAAAUUUUGCUUCAUAUAUGGAUACUUCUCGUCCCUGCAAGAGAUGCAGGCAGAGAACUCUCGUCCCGGAUGAUGUAACAGGCAAUAUGGUCUGCACAUCAUGUGGCGUAGUUCAAGAUUUUGACAAUUUUCAAGCUCAUAUUGGUGGCAUUACCGGCCCUGCUGGCACCUAUGUUCGUGUGGGAACUGCUGGCACUGGUAGUACAUACAAUUAUAAAGAAAAUAAAAUUUACGAGGCCCAAAAAUUGAUUGGGGAUUUUAUGUUUAAAUUAGGACUUUCGCGUUCAAAAUCUGAUGAGGUUAAGGUUAUGGUUGAGACGGUUACGGAAGGUGAAUAUGGUCAAGGGAAUUGGUUCCCGGUUCUCAUAGGUGCGUGUGCUUAUGUUGUGAUGAGGAAGGAUAAGAAGAUCUUGCCAAUUGAAGAAGUGACAGAUUUGGUGGGGUGUGAUGUUUAUGAAUUGGGUCGGAUGAUUAACCGAGUUGUGGAUUUUCUUGAUUUGAAAUUGCCAGAGUUUGAUAUUGUGAAUUCACUUGAACACGUUAUUAGGAAAUAUCCGAUGUUUAAUAGGAUUUCAGAGGAUGUGGUUCAGAGGAUGCUGAAGCAAGGGGUAUUUUUAAUGCAAUGUUUGAUCAAGUGGUUCUUGACCACAGGACGGAGGCCAAUGGCGGUGGUGGCUGCAGUUCUGGUUUUUAUCGGGGAACUGAAUCAAUUAGAUCUGAAGAUCGAAGUUGUCGCAAAGGAGUUGCACGUAUCAGUUGUUACGUGUAUGCGUAGGUACAAGGAGCUUCUGGUGAGGCUUGUUAAAGUUGCACAAGCUUUGCCAUGGGGCGAAGAUGUUACAGUGAAGAAUAUUGUGAAGAAUGCACCAAAUGUGAUUCAGUACAUGGAAAUGAAGUCGAUGAGCCAAUUCGGUCAGAAGGGGAAGAGGUUUGAGCACGUUGGAUUUGAUAUGAUGGAAGUGGUUGUUGGCUGUUUGAGCAAAGAAACUGAAUAUGGAGUUGAUAGUCAUACAACAGAAAAUUGCGCCGCGCAGUAUUUUGGGGCAAAUCAUCAGUCACCUAUGAGAAUUGAACAUCCGGAGAAAUUUCAGAUUUCCACAGAAUGUUUGGCCAUGAUUUAUUCCAAGUUCUUGGAUGAGGUUCCUCUACUUAAGGCCACAUCAGAAAGGUCCAACGAUAAGAAAAGGAAGAGAGCGGGAAGUUUUGACCUUCAUGCAUGUACAGACUGGUGGAAGGGCAAAUCAGAUUUGAGUAAAAAGCUUUUGUUGAAACAAGUGUUUGAGAAAGAUGUAGGAUUGGAUGCUUCACCACCAUCUUUUGAUAGGGGAUGCUUAGUUUAUGCAAGGAGGCGAGAAAAGAUAAAAGCUUCUAAGCUGCGAAUUCAGAAGAUUAUGCAUCCACUUGUACCCGAUGCUGGUGAUGGGAAUGAUAUUUGUGCCUCGAAACAUAUAAAAUCUGGGAAAAAGCAAGUGGAUAUUGACUGGGAAGAUCUCAUCAUUGAAACUCUUCUCCUUCAUAAUGUAAAGGAAGACGAGAUAGAAAAGGGACAUUACAAUGUUUUGUUGGAUUUGCAUGUUUUUGACUAUGGCAAUGUGUAGGCGUCAACAAGGAGCGGUGUUGUUAAAGCUCUAAAACUGCCUUUUGGCUCAUCAAAAUAUGUUGACAUGUCUCUUGCCGAGACAGAAUGUCUUCAUGUAGAAAUUCUACACACAGAAAGAUAUUCUAUUUUCCAAAUCGAGCAGUUUUAUUAAAGCUCAAAAACUACAUUUUGUUGAUGCUGACAUGUUUCUAGCCGAGGCAGACUGUCUUCUUGUAAAAUUUCUACACGCAGAGAGAGAUUCUUGUAAAUUCAUAUAACAUCAAUUAUUUUGCAAUGAAUGUUGGUAUUCACAUUGUUAUUAAUCUAUUAUAUGCAUUCUUUUUCC